AGUACAUACAUAUUUAGUAGCAGUUGUUUUAGAGUCAGUGUGUAAACGUCAUUGCUACUGCUGCUAUUAGUGGAAGUCGUUCGUAUUUAAAAAGAAAAAAAUUAAAUAUAAUUAUUGUAUGUAGGCAUCUACUAUGUAUAGAGAGAAACAUAUUUAACGUUAGCCUAACUACAAGAAUAGUGUAAAGAUCGUUUGCUGACAACUUCCCGCUUUAAGAGUGUAUCUAGCUGUCUGUUGCUUUAAUUUAAUACGUUUUCAACAUCAACAUCACCACCAUCAUCAUCAUCAUUCUCAAUCUUAUCUAAGAUUGUUGUAACGACAACGACGACGGCAACAACGUUACCGAUACAAACACAAUAAACAACGACGCCAGCGUCUGUCUCAGUUGACGAUCGUUUAACUAACGCGCGAUUUAGUAGCUUAGCUAGCCCGCUUAACUAGCUAAUGUUUAGUCGUACGCCUAACGUUGACAUUCAUUGUUGUGUUGUGAAACUAAACACGCUUGAAAUAUAAAAAAAUAAAACAUAUAUCGCUAUUCUGUUCCGUUUCGUACUGCUGGAAUUUAUUUUCAUGAAACCAACAAGAAAAUUCAAUUGAUGUAAUAAAAAGUUAAAGCUGAGAGCAAAAAAAAAAAGACUAAUACAAAAAUGCUUACAAAGUCUCAAAAAUUACACCAUUUCUAAAGAAAUCAGCAACAGCAAAAGAAGAAAAAAAAGACUAAAAAGUACAAAUUUCCUACAACACAAACAAAAUUUCCAAAUAGAUACUUACAUUUCUGGAACUAGGAUUUAAUUUUACCACCACACAAAGAAAAAAGAUUUAAGAAAAAUAUAAAUACCACAAGCAAGCAACAAUUGAGAAUAUUCCUUUGAAGCAGAUCAAUAACCAAACUCCCUUCCUUCCAAAACCAGAAACUAUAGUUUAGUUUUUUUAUUUUUAUUAUUGGGAUUUGGUCUAUGGAUUAAAUCCUCUUCAAAUCUAAUCAACUGCAACAGAUACCACAAAUAAAUUAGAGAAUAUAUAUUAAAAAAAAAACAGAACAAACAGCAACAAAACAUAACAAUGGCCUUAAUUAUGAAAUACAUAGACAGCAUGCACAGAUAUAUGGAGUCACAGGGCGAUCCCCGGACGAAGGAUUGGCCCAUGAUGUCAUCACCAUUUCCCACAUUAGCUGUAUGCCUCACAUAUGUUUACUUAGUCAAGGUGAUCGGACCAAGAUUAAUGGAAAAUCGAAAACCAUUCCGUUUACAAAACACAUUAAUUUUAUACAAUGCAGUACAAGUGAUAUUUAGCGCCUGGAUAUUCUAUGAGAUUGGUAUAUCCGGUUGGCUGACAGGACACUAUAGCUUCCGGUGUCAGCCGGUUGAGUAUAAUAAUAACCCUAGAACAGUAAGGAUGGUUCAUGCUUGUUGGUGGUAUUACUUCUCGAAAUUCACUGAGUUCAUGGACACGAUAUUCUUUGUUUUGCGCAAAAAACAAAGUCAAAUCACAACACUCCACGUUAUUCAUCACGGCUGUAUGCCCAUGUCCGUUUGGUUCGGUGUAAAAUUCACACCCGGCGGUCACAGUACCUUCUUCGGUUUGCUCAAUACCUUUGUACAUAUUAUUAUGUAUACCUACUAUAUGUUCUCGGCUAUGGGUCCUCAAUAUCAGAAAUACUUGUGGUGGAAGAAGUAUUUGACAACAUUGCAAAUGGUCCAAUUUAUUGCCAUCAUGGUACAUGCCUUCCAGUUACUCUUCAUCGAUUGCAAUUAUCCUAAGGCCUUUGUCUGGUGGAUCGGUAUGCAUGCUGUCAUGUUCUUCUUCUUAUUCAACGAAUUCUACAAAGAAGCCUACAAGGGCCGCAAAUCGCAAUACAAGAACUUAUUAAUGUUCUUUUUACAGCGUCCUGAAAAGGAUUAUAAGCUCAUAACCAAUGGCCAUGCCAAUGGUGAUGAUGAUGAUGUCAACAACAGCAAACACAUGAAUGGUCAUGCUGUUAAUGGUAAGAUCAAUGGCCUCAAAAAUGGCACAACAGUGACAGCAAAUGGUGGAGUCACAAGUGCGAAUGGUUCAAUGAAUGGUAGUGCGUACAAAAAUGGCGCCGUGCUGGCUAAUGGCGUCGCUAACGGUCACAGCGAUUUGACGCAAAGAAAAGUUAAAUAAUAUAAACCCAAAACAACGAAACAACGUAAAAUACACAAGAAAAAAUUGGAUAUUUAAAAUAAAUUUUGGAACAUUAGUUUUCUUCUAAAUAUGUAACUAAAAACUCUUAACUUUGUUUCCAAAUCAAUAUUUGUUUAGACAAAUUUUCUUUUUGCAAUAAUUUAAUUAAAAUUUAAUUAAACCAAUCCCCAACAAGAUUACUGCUAAGCUAUUGCUUUCAAGUCAAUCUGAACUGUAAAUUAUGAGGUAAAACGUAACAGAGUUGUAUUCAAAGUUUAGAAAUUAAUAUACAAGAAAAAUAUUGAAAAAAACAAACGUUUGUGAUGUAUUUCUUUAAAAAAAAAAAAAAAUUAUUAAGUAAUAACAAGUUUUUGUAAAGUUUUAUAAUUAUAAUAGUUCCAUACUUUAUUUUUCUAUAUUUUUUCUUUAAUUAUUAUUUAAUUUUUUUUUUCUUUUGGGAUCCAUUUUAUUAUUGUUUAAGUUUCAUUUUAUACAAUGUUAUAUAAAUAUAUGUAUACAAAGUUAUUUUUUGUUAAAUUUUCUAUAAAAAAAUAACCUAAACAUUUUUUAGCUUUUUAUUGAAAACAAAAAUAUAUAUAUAAAUAAAUAAAAAAUAAUUGCUUUAGUUGUACAAAUUAAUGGAUGAAAGCAGUAGAAAUAAUAUUGUAUAAAAAAUAUUAAAUAUUUAAUUAAAACAACAAAAUACUUAUACAUAUUAGACAGCCUUGGGGAAAACAUUAAGGUUAUUAAGUUGUUUCCUAGUAAAAAUAAAAUUUAAGUUGAAUUUAUAUUAAAUCCGUUAUAUUAAUGGAAAACUUUUUCCAAAAGGCUUUCAAGUUCAAAAAAAUAAUAUAAAGCGGCCAGAAAAUAAGGGACAUUCCUGCACCCUGCCAUUUAAAUUGUAAGGAAAUGAAAUUAUUCAAUAAUGUAAAAAGUGGCCUUUUCAAAAAAGUACUUUUUGGAAAAAGUACUUCUUCAGUUUUUAAAUGAUUUAUGAAAUUUAAACAUGUUAUAAUGCUACAUAUUGUAACGAAAUAAUAUUUUUGUCGAAAAGUACUUUUUUAGUUUUUAUACUUUUUCAAUAUUUGAACUUUAAUUUUAAAAAUAAUAGAAGAGAAAGUAAUUCUUAAAUUUUUUAAACCUCUGUAUACAUUAAUAACAUUCAAAUAUUCUUUCUCAGACUUCUAAAUUGUCAAUAUUUUAAAAAAAUUCUCAAAAAACCCAAAAAAGUACUUUUUGAAAAAAGUACCUUGCUAAAAAGUAUUUUUUGAAAAAGAGUAUUUUUUUGAUUUUUGUAAAUACUUUUUUCAAAACUUUAAAAUUUGUUUAUUGGAAUUAAAUUUUGGAAGAUUUUUUAAAAAACUUGUUAUUUAUAUACUUGCUGGAAAAAGUAUUUUUUAAUUUUUUUUAUACGUGUACUUUAAAAAACUUUCAAAUAUUCAUUUACAGAGUACAAAAUAGCCAAAAUAUUUAAAAGAAAAUGGUUUAAAACUUGAAAAGUAUUUUAUACCAAAAAAGUACUUUUUAUAAAUAAAAAUCAGCAGAUAAUUUUUAUAUUUUUUUUUCAUAAUUUCAAAAUUCAUAACAAAUUUUACUUCUAAAAGGAAACAACAAAAUGACAUUUGUUUUCAACAUAGGGCAGUCUAAUAAAUUUAUUGCAAAAACAAAAAUAUAUAUAAAUUUACAAAAGUGAGGUUAUUAUUAUGUAGGUAAAACCAAAAAAAUUAUAUAAAUAUUUAAAUAAUUUUGUAAAAACCAUAAAACCACACUAAUAUUUAAGUUAAAAGUCAUGCAUAAAAUUAAAUUAAAACAAAACAAAAAUUAAUAUUAUUAAUAUUUAAAACAAACAAAAAAAACCCAUAUAGGAAAAGAAAACUGAUUACAAAUGAUGUACGCAAUACUACUACCAUUAAACAUUAAUUAAAUUAAACAAAAUUAUUUUUCUCAUUGACAACACUACCACAAAAUUCAUGAUUAAAUUAUUAAACCAACAAAAAAAAUCCCAUAAUUAAAAAUAAAUUCAGCAAUAUUUCGAUUAGUAACAUUAAAAUUAGAUAAAAAGAUAAUAUUCUAAAAAAACCGCUUCAUUAAUUUAUUAAAAACAAAAUCAAGUGAAAACGAUUUAAAAAAAAUUCUAAAAUUAUAUAUAAAAAAUAAAAUAUAAAACCUAAAUACAACAAAGAAAAAAAAAAGAAAACAAAAAUAUUUACAAACAAAUUAUGGAAAUUACCAAUUGAAAAAUAAUUUCGAAAUUUCAAAAAGUAAAAUACAAAUAAAAAUAAAUUAAACCAGAAAACAAAAACAAAAUCCCAAAUACAUUUAUUUAAACACUAAAGGAGAAUUGUAUUUAUUUUUUAAGUUUAUUAUAUUAUAUGAUAAUAUUAUUAUUAAAAUAUAAAUAAAAUAUGUAAAACAAUACAUUAUAAAUAGUAGUCUGUAAGUUGUAAUAGGUCUAUAGGUAUACAGAUUUUGUAUGCAAAAAACACAAACAACAAAAAAAAUUCAAAAAAUAAACAAAUGAAAAAAAACAAACGAAAUUGCAAUUUAUUACAAAAUUUAAAUUUCAUUAAAUCUGGCUAUAAAAACAAAACAAUAUACAAAACAAAUCACAACAAAAUCCCACAAAUCAACAAGUAACUAAACUAUUGUAAUGUCUUUAUUAAAAGAAUUAAAUGAAAAGAACGAAACCGUAAGUUUUUUGUGUAUAAAAUUUAAAUUUAAAGAACUGGGCGUUAAGGAAGUUGAACUUAUUUUUAUUUUCAAAAUAACGAUUUAAAAAAAAUAAACAAAAAAAACUGAAAUAAACUAAAAAUGCAUCUAUGAGAGGAAAAAUAUUAAAUAAA